AUGGAUGCUGUGGAGGAUCGGGAGCUAAAGCUCCAGCGAGCUUCUGGUGACCUGGUGACGGAGUUCUCGGAAAAGCUACCGUCCCUGUUGUGGAGAUUUGAAAAUGGAACCCCUCUCCGCACCCCACGCAAAUGGGCACCAGUCUCCAAGACGGAGAAGCUCGUAGCCCUUCUUGAACCUUUCCAAGAAUGGCCUCAACUCUUGGACCCGCAUUUGCAGAAGCUUUUGCCUCCUCUGGUGGAUGCAUUCCUGGCUUAUCUGAUCAAGCAUCGUAGUCAAUAUAGCGGUCAAGCGACAAAGAUCUCCCAAGGCCCAGCCGUUUAUCCUCUCCCAAAGGCUAUCUGCAGGCUGCUUUACACAUUCUGCAAAGUUCGUGGAGCCAAAGUGAUCAGCAGAUUCCUUAACAAUGAGCCCAAGUACCUUGAUUCGAUGUUACGGGCUUUUGUGGAGUGGGACAACGCUUCUAUUCCAGAUCCCACAGAUGACUCGUUAGAACCAACCGCACAAACUCUGCAGUGGGAAGAACGUUAUGUGAUGCUAGUCUGGCUCUCGCAUCUCCUGCUCGCUCCAUUUGAUCUUUCCUCGCUAUCUUCAGAUGACAUUCCGGUCCCUUAUCAAAACCUGCAACAAGUUGGAGUUAUUUCCGAGGAUACUCCAAUGAUCGCAAAGUCACUUCUGUCUUUGGCCCUUCAUUACAUCAAUGUUCCUGGCAAAGAGCGAGAGGCUGCAACUGCCCUUCUGGCACGACUUGUUUUGCGCGGGGACAUGCAAGCCCUUGGGUUUUUGACGUGUCUUACAGACUGGGCCUUUGCUGUCUUGAAGCCCGCAGAUAAGGAGGAAUCGCCUUCCGUCUAUUCCUGCAUUGGAGUCCUCUCGUUUAUAGCCCGGCUGGCUGGUUCUGGCCAGCUGGAUGUCUUUGCUCCUUUACUCAGUAGCGUUUUUGAUCAGACAAUCGCUGUUUCACAGGGCAAGUCAAUUGUGUCUGAUAUUAUUCAAUCCUCUGCGAUGGCCCGGAAGAUUGUGGUCAAGAUCCUUCGCAAUAUCACGGUUAUGGCUCUGUCUCUGAGUGAAAGAGAAGAUAGCACUCUCACUGAUGAUCAACUGUCGACCAUCUUGGAAGAGGCCAUCGAUCACUUCCUCGUGGCUCUUUCAGACAAGGAUACACCUGUGCGGUUUGCUUCGAGCAAAGCACUUAGUGUCAUCACCUUGAAACUAGAUCUGGAAAUGGGAGCCGAAGUCAUCGAGGCCGUCAUUGGGUCACUUGGAGAAAACAUUCUUUAUGAAAAAGAUGACGGUACUUUGAUUACCCCAUCCGAGGCACGUAAUGCGGGUCUCAACUCACUGAAACGUAACACCAGUGGUGUUGAUGCGCAAAACUGGCAGGGCUUGAUGCUGACUUUGUCCCAUCUACUCUUUCGUCGUGCACCUCCGACCAAUCAACUCCCUGAGAUUCUCCAAUCCCUUAUAUCAUGUCUCGACUUCGAACAGAGAUCAUCCACUGGCAGCUCGGUGGGAACGGGUGUUCGAGAUGCCGCCUGCUUUGGUGUUUGGGCCUUGUCUCGUAAGUAUACGACCUCUGAACUGGAGGCUAUGGAUGCCCAAACCAUCCCCUCGGUUUCUGGUCAAAUUAAAGUGGGUGUUUUGCAAAAGUUAGCCGUGGAGCUGGUUUGCUCGGCUUGUGUAGAUCCGUCCGGGAAUAUUCGACGUGGAGCCUCUGCUGCUCUGCAGGAGCUAAUCGGUCGUCAUCCCAAUAUGAUCACUGAGGGUAUUCCUCUUGUACAGGUCGUCGACUACCAUUCUGUUGCGCGGCGUUCCCGUGCCAUGAUAGAUGUCGCCAAAUCUACCGUUUCGCUAGACCUUGUUUAUUGGGGACCACUCUUGGAGACUUUGAUGAAUUGGAGAGGCAUCGGCUCUCCGGAUGCCGAAUCACGGCGACAAGCAGCUCGGUCUAUUGGGUCAUUGAGCAGACAAGAAAAGUUCAAGACCAUCAACUCGGUUCUGCAACGGCUAUUGGGCAGGCUUCCUCGCAUUCCUCGGGGUGAUGUAGAGUCACGCCACGGAUGUAUAUUGUCGAUUGCCUCGACAGUCGACGCCUAUCUCUGUGAGUGGAAUUCAUCGCCAGAGACAAGGGAUAUGCCAGAAGGCAAAGAAGUCUCUUCGCAAAUUGCUAGGUUGUGGGAAAUUUUCGAGUCUCCUUCUAGUCCUACCGAUAACGAUCUGACCCUUCAGAGCUUCCGUCCUGAGUUGACAGCAGAGGCAUAUUCUUGCUUGAUUUCUGCACUCUGUCAAGCAACUAUCUCAGUCGGGAUAGUACGGCCAUCAGAGGCAUUGCUCGACCGCGUUCUCCAUAUUCUGACCUUGUCUGUUUCCCGCGGCGAGGAUAUUUCAAUUCAAACCUCGUCAGAUGCACUCUCCCAUCUAUUCCCACUGUUGUUGCCAGCAAAAAAAGAUGCGGCCGUGCAGACAUGGUUUUCCUAUCUUCGCACUUCCUCAAAACUUCCAAGUGGCCGCGGCCAAAUCUUGGCCCUUGGAGCCGUUUUCAAACAGCUCAUGGGUCAGGAUGAGCUACAACAAGAUAUAAUCACAGAGUUAUUGAGGUGCGCUGAAAAAGAAGAGGUCAUUGAAAAGCGAGUGGUUGCUGUAAGGUGCUUCGCUACCGGCAUUGUGCCACAUACAAUCAAAUUUUCGCCUUUCUCUCAAACAAUUGCCCACAGUCUUCUCGGUCUGCUUAAUGAUUAUACCACGGACAGGCGAGGAGAUAUCGGAUCCUUGAUUCGGAUCGAGGCGAUCCAAGUCGCAAGAUCACUCCAGCCAAAACUUUCACCAAAAUCAGAUAUUGUCCUUGACCUCGCUGGGUGCCUUUGUCGUCUUGCAUGCGAGAAGUUAGACAAAGUUAGGUUACAAGCGUCACUCUGUCUACAAGACUUUUUCUGGCAAAUGGUGGAUUUCAAUCCCCUCCACAAGAGAUUCGAACACGUCAGCGACGUAUCUUCUCAAGAAUAUUUCUUUCAACUUCUUGCAUCUUGGAGUCAAGAAUGGUUGCGUCUUCCAUUGCUGCAGGGUCUAGCCACUUCUGCGGUUGCUGGCGCCGAGAGCCUCGUCCGCGCCUCGCGGGCUGCUCUGAUUCAAUUUCUCAAUAUCCACAACUCAAACUCAGAUCCUAAAAUUUUGAUUGAGUUUCUGCAAGUUUUGUCAACGGCACUUAAUGAGAAUAUUCAAGAUGACCGUUAUGCCAUCCCUAUCAUUGAGCUUAUUGCAUUCCUGUUGGACACCUAUCAUAGUUAUACUAUUGCUGGUCCAAAUGGGUCAAACCCCAUCUUCCGCAGGGUCUUUAUCCUUGUUCAGAAGGCUCAUUUCCGGACAGCAAAUAUUUCUCGCUUGGAGGGCGCGGUCAAGGUCUACGCAGCUUUAUCGGGGCUCGAGUCUUUGCGUGAAGACGUGUCAAAGAAGCUGACAGCAAUGCUACUGCAUCCUUUCCCGAGGGUUCGUUCAAGUGCAGCAGAGUAUCUUUAUACACUCACCGACUCUGAGGCCAUAAAAUACGAGGAUUGGUCUGCGUCUCCGAAGGAAUUGAAGGGGAAGCAGAAGCUCAACCUCGCCCAGCUUCCGGAGCUCAUUCUGUCGCAACAAUGGCGACCGUUGGCGCAUCAGAAGGGACCAUGCCUCCCAAUAGCACGCAAGUCACUCUCAUUACCCACCCUCUCUAUUAGCCUUUUCCAAACCCACCAGAUUCGGAAUCUAGAGGAGCACAUCAAAGUUGAGCAACUGAAAGUAGCGCUCGAAGAAAUUUUCGCAGAAUUCGGCAAUGUCGUCGAGAUCGUCGCAAAGACCAACCUCCGCGCUAAGGGCCAGGCUUUCAUUGUCUACGACACCGUCGAGGCCGCUACUCGCGCCAUUGAAGAAGUAAACGGCUUCGAUCUUUUCGACAAGCCUAUGGUCCUAGAUUACGCGAAGACAAGGAGCGAUGCUACUGUUCUGCGGGAAGAUGGCACGGACGAGCUAGAGGCUCACAAGAGGCGGCGGAAGGCCGAGAAGGAGCGCAAACAAGCCCAUGAGGCCCUCGAGGCUCAGAAGAAGCUCAAGCGCCCCGCGGCCGCCGCCGCCGAGCCUGCUCGCCCCGCCAAGAUGACCAAGGGUACUGGCCUCAAGCCUACCUCCGGUGCUGCGACUGCCGUCGUCCCAGACGAGUACCUCCCGCCCAACAAGAUUCUGUUCCUCCGGGAAAUCCCCGACGAUUCCAACGAGGAGGGUCUAUCGGCUAUCUUUGGUCGCUUCGAAGGAUUCCAGGAAGUCAGAUUGGUCCCUGGCCGCAAGGGUAUUGCGUUCGUUGAAUAUGAGACCGAGGCAGGAGCUAUCAGUGCGAAGGAGGCUACCUCGGUAGUUGCUUCGUUGUCGCACAUCUCCGAAAAGGGAAAACUUCCUGUUGUUAUUUCGCUGGCGUUUGGAGGUCUUAUCUUGCAAUACAAAGAGAUUACCUAG